GGGUGUCCGUUACCUCUCCCGGCCACAUCGGCCAGCGGCAGUAAUGCGGUGGCCGGCACUUUAUCCCCUGCGCCCCCCUCCCGCAGGCAGCACUAUGCAGAGUCCCAGACACUGCCUAAAGUUUGUAAAGUGCCCGCAGCUUCCCCCUGCUGGAAGGAGAGGGGAGGAGACGGAAGGGAGCCAGCUGGGUCUCUGCACGCCUACUCCCUAGGGCUGCACACCUCCGGCUCCAUGUGUUUGUGAUGUCCGCUGAGCAGGGGAAGGAGCCCUAUAAGAGAGCUGGAGCUGUUGAAAAUGAUGGGUCAUUGAGACACAGCGUACAGUUUGGAAGCCCUGAGAAGAAGAAACGCAAGUCAAGUACACAACCCCCUCGCUCAGAAUAUGCCCCACCAGCGAACACAAGUUCAGACCAUCUCGUAGCUUCCAACCCCUUUGAUGAUGAUUAUAAUACGCCUCUGGGGUACAACGUUUUUGGAAAUGCAAGAUAUGCUGCUACUGAAGCUUAUAGUGCUUUUAGUAUGCCACCUACAAUGUCACCAAGGACAUCCUCCAGAUUUGCUGCCUUACAUGCCCUCCGAGGUAACCUGCCUCAUUUUCCACAAGAUGGGUUGGAAAAGCCAUUUGGUAGAAUACUCCCCUUCAACUUGGCCUUACAAGAGAACCCAUAUUAUAGCGGGCUAAGUGAGACUAUUACCUUCCCAGGACAGCACUUUAUAUCUAACCGUACCGAGAGCAGCCAAAAUGUCACCAGAAGGCAUCCUAACCCAACGGAUGUCAAUUUUGCCCCUCACAGAGGCCUCGGUAACCAGCCAAAUGUUAAUCUUCCCUUGGAAACAAGCCUUACUUCUAUCUGUAACUCGAGAGAUCCAAAAACAUACUCCUUAAAACAUGACUUUAGCCCAGUUAAAGGCAGAAAUUGGACUCCAAAUUCCACUGCGCUUUAUCUGCAACAACAUUCAAAAGAUGGUAUGCAUUCUACUGCUGGUACAAAUAAUCAUCAAAAAAGCCCAGUACCAGGGACUGAACGCUCCCAUUCUACCAGCUCUGAACCCAGUUAUGCCAAUGACAUUGAGAGGGGUCCGGAGACGCUUAGUGCAUCAAAAUUAGCAAAAGCUGAUGUAACGGCUAGUGAAAAGUGCAAUAGAUGGCUCCUCCAUUCUUCUUACUGCGGCCACUUGCCUACAGUUCCAUUGUAUCCAUGUGGAAUUUGUUCUGGAGAUGUUAUCGGUGUCCAAGAUGCCAUCAUGUGUAAAGCUUCUUGUCAGAAGUGGUUUCACAGAACGUGCACCGGGAUGACAGAGAUCGCCUUUGCGUUUCUUACUGCGGAAACAUCUGCCAUCUGGGGUUGUGACUCCUGUAUGGCAAAAAAAGACAUGAAGUUGGUGCGUGUUCAGAAAUCUAUGAGUUGAGACAUAA